UCAGAGAGGAGGUUCUCCGGGUGUUCUGAGAGAACAGAGACCUCAGAGAACAUAGAGAACUCAGAGAACAGAGAGAAAACAGAGAACAGAGAGAACAUAGACAACUCAGAGAACAGAGAGAUCAUCCACCAGCUCUUCUCCUCUUUCUUCUCCUCCUCAUGGCAGGCUCCUCCACUCCGCCCACCGACCCUCUCCUCCACUCGGACCCGCCGUACAGCGCUCCAAAGCCGUCCGGCUCCUCGCGGCUCCCCGCAGCUCGACUCUCCGGAGCUUUCCUGAGCGGCGGAAUCCCGGUGAGCGGCGGCGGCGCGUCGCCGCAGACGGAGUGCCGGAUGGUGGAGGUCCACGGGCUGAAGGUGGCCUCGUUCACGGUGAACGGAGCCGAGCUGAUCUGCCUGCCGCAGGUGUUCGACCUCUUCCUGAAACACCUGGUCGGAGGGCUGCACACCGUCUACACCAAGCUGAAGCGGCUGGACAUCCGCCCGGUGGUCUGCACCGUGGAGCAGGUCCGCGUCCUGCGGGGGCUCGGAGCCAUCCAGCCCGGAGUGAACCGCUGCAAGCUCAUCUCCAGGACGGACUUCGAGACGCUGUACCGGGACUGCACGAACGCCAGCUCUCGACCAGGUCGGCCUCCCAAGAGGACUCUGGGCGUGGCCACCAUGAAGGAUGGCUCCAGGCUCCUCCCACAUAGCCUGCUAAGCCCCGCCCUGCUAUCUCAGACAGGUCUGACGGCAGCGAUGGCCGAGGCUCUGAAGCUCCAGAAGAUGAGGAUGAUGAUGGGUUUCCAUGGCAAUAGCGAUCAACAGCGUCAUCACAGCAGCGCUGACUCAGAGAACGACGACACGGGAGGAAGUGAAGGAUCAUGGGAGAAGGAGCACGUCCUCCUCUCUCCUCGUUCAUCGGUUGUAGCUCCGCCUCCUUCUCGCUCGGCGUCACUGCAUCUCAAUGCUCUGCAGCAGCAUAGCUCGCUAUUGGCCAACCGUCUGUCAGACCUUCCUUUUAUGGUGAUGCCACACCCCCUCCUCCCCAUGGGCCUGCCUCCAGCCAGCGUUGCCAUGGCAAUGAACCAUCUGACAAAUAUGGCUGCCGUGUCACAGGUCCAGACAGACGAGAGCAAGGAGUCACUGAUGGGAAGCCCCUCCCCCUGCCCCUCCCCCAGUGAUGAUGAACUCCACCGCCAGGAACCAACCAGCCAAUCACCUUCCCGAGCAUCUACAUCCUUCUCAUCAUCACCUCCUCCUCCAGCACACACACCAGAGCUGGCAGAUGCAGAAAGAGUGGCGCCAGAAAACAGUAAAGAAGCACCAAAAGAAAAAGAUGACAGCCUGUUGCCCCUCCCCCUCCUCAAACCGACCUAUGAGAAGCUGGCUCUCACCUCUCAGCCACUGUCAAUCAGCCACACAAACACCUUUGCUCCGUUCCUAUUGGCUGAGGGCCUGUCGUCCAUGGAGACGCUGCUGACCAACAUCCAGGGGCUCCUGAAGGUGGCGCUGGAGAGCGUUCGCUGUCAGGACCAGCAGAACCAGCUGGAGAGGAAGGAGCUGAAGCUGGAGCUGGACCAAGAACGAGAUGCAAGACAGGCGCUGCAGAGACACCUGAGCUCCGAGCUGCACAGCAGAGGUGAGACAGCGUCCAUCCAGAGGAGGCUGAAGAAGGAGAAGAAAGCGAAGAGGAAGCUGCAGGAGAUGUUGGACUUUGAGUCCAGAAGGAGGCAGCAGGUGGAGCGACUGAAGGACUCAGAUGCAGCAACUCCUGAAAGUGAACUGGAGAACAAACAGGAGAACAAACAGCAGAACGAGAACCGAGUGUUCAACAAAACUCCUCUGCUCUUCUGAGACACAGAAGAACACACCUGGACACACCUGCGGGACAGAUGAAACUAAUGGAGACACUAAAGGACUCAAAAAGUUAUAAACAAAAAAACAAAACACCUGUAAGGGGUGGAGCUCUGCUGAAGGGGUGGGGCUGUAAAAUUAAAGGCGGAGCUACAUCUGAGCUCUUUUCAUACACAUUGAUUCAGUGUUUCUUCACAGGAAAACUUUAGCAUUUGUUAGCUUGAUCUGAAGUUGUACUGUUACUACAUACAGUACUACUGUUACUACAAACAUUACUACUGUUACUACGUACAGUACUACUGUUACUACAUACAGUACUACUGAUACUACACAGAAUACUCCUGGUACUACAUACAAUACUACUAUUACUACAAACAUUAUUACUGUUACUGCAUACAGCAGUACUGUUACUACAAACAUUACUACUGAUACCACACAGGAUGCUCUUGCUACUACAUGCAGUACUGUUUCUGAUGACAGUUUUCUGAUUUGUUGUUUUUAUUUACUCAAACUGUGACGUUGUUGUUAUUUUUGUUGUUGUUGACUUUGUGUGUAAAUGUAAACACUGAGCUACAACCUGAUCAUUAUGAUUGAUCCGUUAGUCUGUAUCAGGAACCCGGUUCUCCUCAGAACCAGAACUUUAGAAGUCUGUGAGCUGAUCAUUGAUUUUCUCUAGAAAAGUUUCUGAUCAGAUCGAUGGAUCACAUGUCUGCCUCCUGCAGCCUGACUGGCCGAUUGAUGGAUGAGUCGGAUCUCUGAUAGGUCGAGUUAAAGUUGAGUCAUGUGAGUUCCAUCCUCUGAUUGGCUCCUGUGACAGAUGACUUUGAUCAGCUCUGAGAAGUUAUUGAUUUGUAAGACUUUUAAACACAAUAAACUGAUCAAUAAAACAUAUAAUCAAUA